ACUUCAGCCUGAUUAAGACUCCGCCUCUGUGUUUACAUUGCGUCAUCAGGUGCAGCUGGACGUUAACAUCAUGUGAAAAGUUUCCGACAUUACCGGGGGCCGGUAAUUGGUGUGACGCACCUCUUCUCCAUGUGCGCAGCUGCGUCUCACUCUGUUACAGUUGAAAUGAGCCGUCUGUGCUGCGUGGGAAGAUUUCUACGUUGAGAGCUGUAGCCGCUGUCCACUGAUUGGUGCCUUUUGCUGCUGUUUUAAAGAUGAACGUGGUCCAGCAUUCUGAGGAGAAACUCCGCUCGGCUUUGGUGUCUAAAUUACCCGCUGUGGCUAAAUUAUACAGUGACUACACAGAAGGAGAAAGGCGCCUUCUGGAGGAAGGACUGCACCCUGGGAAGCGAGGGUCUCUCUUCCAGCCCAUCACUCUUCACUCUGACUCGGACUGGAUCGUUGCUCAUCCUGAGGAACCUCAAGACUUUGAGGCUUUCUAUAGAGACCCUUACCGCAAGACGCCUGACACAGGCCACAGCACUAUUUACAUACAAACUAUAGGUUCUUUUGGAGAUGUGGGACUCCAGACAGACCGGUACGUUGAAUGGCUCAGAGAUUACUGCCAGGCCUUUUUCUGUGGGCUUUCUGUUGAGUUGCUUCCAGCUGUUAGUGUGUCUGAAACAGGAUGCUCCUUUAGGGUGAACAGCAGCUCACACAACCUGCAGAUUCUCACAGGUGACUUGUUACGGUUUCUGAGGAAAAGAAAACCAAAAGAUGCUUUCUGCAUAGUUGGAAUCACGAUGAUUGACCUCUACCCAAAAGACUCCUGGAACUUUGUGUUUGGUCAGGCUUCUCUCAGUGACGGGAUGGGGGUGUUCAGCUUUGCCAGAUAUGACGACAACUUUUACUCCAGAAAUUAUGCUGGGAGGGUGAAGAAGAAGCUUCAGCUGAGGCAGGGAGAUUACUCUGUGUUCCAGGGAUACUACACUCCACCCAUCACCAGCACUCUGCUGCUUCGAUCCUGCAAGACUAUUACCCAUGAGACUGGCCACAUGUUUGGAAUAAAGCACUGCCAGUGGAUGAACUGUGUCAUGCAGGGAUCGAACCACUUGGAGGAGUCUGAUCGUAGACCACUGGACCUCUGUCCCAUCUGCCUUCACAAGCUUCAGGUCGCCGUUGGAUUUAAAAUUGCUGACAGAUACAAGGCUUUACUGCGGUGGAUGGAAGACGAUGAGAGUCAGCUGUCAGAAGCAGAGGGGGCAGCUGCUCACCGCUCAGCUGUCCAUUUUCACAAACCCACCGAAGCCUUCAGUGAAUCCCUGCUGUGGCUCCGCAGCUGUUUGGACAGACUGGAAAUAAGUUAGCAGAAGUGACUGCCAGCUUUCAGACAGCUGAUGAAGAGUUUUGUUUAAGCCUCUUGAUGUUGUACCUGCGGCUCAGCGGUAGGGUUGGGAUCUUGCAAUUGGAAGCUUGCAGCUUCCUCAUGUUCUGGGCAUGACACUUAACCUCAAGUUGCCUACAGCUUGGUGUAUGAAUGAAUGAACAUGUGAAAUACUCAAAUGACAUCUUUUAGACCAAUUGUUUCUCCUUCAUUUGACUCAAACACGAAGGAAAAAACAAGUCACAAGUACAGCUGGUUAUCACGAGUAAACAUGCAGGAGGAUCAUCAAGAUAUUUUUAUUGAUUUAUUGUGUAAACUGAGGACUUCGACAGAUGUGUUGCACUGAUAGAACACGUUAGAAAUCAGAGGAAAUUUGGAUGGACUGUCAAACUUAGAAAGACAAACAGGAGAAAGAAACCUUGUGAAUUAAGGAACUCAAUGUCACAUUUAAAUUUUAGUCUGAAAUGCAAACUGAAAUCUGAUGUGUUUAUGCUCACGUUAGCAUUAGCAGGUCAUUUUGCAUGGAUGAAUGUGUUCACAUUAUGCAGGCUCUUCAGUGACUGAUGUGAUCAAUACACGAGCCAUCGGUUCAUGACACAAAAAUUACGAAGUUCAAAUCACAUCAUUGCUUUAUUGCGAUUGGAUGCAUCUUUGGUACAAAAUGACAAAUGAUUAAUAUACAGAAAAAAUUGAUUAAAAAAAAGAAGAAAAUA